AUGAACAACGGCGCUCUUGAAGGAUCCAACGAAUUCUCUAUUUUAUCACCAAAUAAACAAACGGAAGUAUUGUUAACAAACCAACAGAGCAACGGAUUUUCUAUCCCACUUUUAUUCAAUAGAAUGAAACCAGAAGCUGAUUUUCAAUCAUUAACAAUGCCGAAAAUGACCCCAAACUUUUCCGCUAACAGGCAAAUUUCAACGUCACCAGUUCAACUCUACAAUCGACGCUCAGAAUCUCCACUGAAAAAUGUUACAUCACGAACGUCAAGAUUUGAUAAUGCUGGCGAAUCGUUCACCAAUCGUCUUAGUAAAGGAUUAGUUGAUUUCACACAAGGUAGCAGCUAUCGUCUACAGAAAUGGAAAAAUAAAUUACAGAAUGGUCGCAAACAAAAGGACAGUAGUGAACCGCCACCUGUUUUCAGGUUUCUUUUGCUUUAA